AUGGCGAAAGACCAGGGCCAGUCUGUUUGGGCGUACCUGCCAGAUGAUCUCCUGCUCCUGGUCCUCCGCCGCCUCGCGUCCCUGGCGGACCGCGUCAGGUCAGCCGCAGUCUGCAGGCCGUGGCGCUCCGCCGCAAGCAAGCUCCCGCCGACGCGGCUCCCCUGGGUCGUGUUCGGCAACGGCACCCUCUUCGACCUGGCCAACGACAGCGCGCCGCACCCGCACCACCGCCUGCGUCUCCCCGACGACUGCUGGCGCUACAGCGCCGGCGACAACAUGCUGUUCCUCGUGCACCAGGGCGAUGGCAGCUGCUCCCUCUUGAACGCCCUCUCCGGCGCCACCACCCAUCUCCCCGAGCUAGCCGGUCUCCUGCGGACUUACAACGUCCGGCAUCGUCGACUGCGGAACGAGCCCAGCCGCAUCCCCCACAACCUCAACGAGCUCAGGCGCAUUCCCCAGAACGAGCUCAGGCGCAUCUUCCGCUCCAAGCAGGACCAAAACGACCCCCCCAUGAAAGCUAUAGGGAAGGUCGUGGUGUCCUGCUCGUCGUGGGACGGCGACCACGUCGUCGUCGCCGUCCUGAUCGGACGCGAUGUCAUCGUUUCCACUUGCCGACCGGCCGGCGAGAGCAACUCGUUCCUCCUGGGGGCGCUGCGGCACGAGGCAAUCGACAUUGCCCUGUUUCAAGGGAAAAUCUACGCCCUCUCCAGGGGCCAUGUCCUCGAGACCCUCGACCUCAGCAAUGGCCACCAAAAAGGAUUCAAACUCAAGUACAGUACCGAACUGAUGAAAAAGCACCCAUGGCAACACCACCACCACCAAGAUUUCCAAGACGGUUUUCCCUUGGUCGAGAUAUAUCUGGUCGAGUCUGGUGGCAAGCUGCUGAUGGUGAAGCGAUGGCUCCGCCGCCCAUGGAUGAGGAUGCCCUCCUCCCCGGAUGCGGAUGGUAGAAGAACUUUCCGGUUCGAGGUCUGGGAAGCAGACCUGGGCCAAGGCCGGUGGAAGAAGUUGGACGGCAGCCUACAAGGCCAGACGCUCUUUGUCAGCAGACCGUGCUCCAAGUCUUUGCCCGCCGGUCAUGGAGUUCGAGGAGGCUGUAUCUACUUCCUCAACCAACUCUACCAGUGGAAACAGCCGGAGGCACCUCUCGGUGACUCUGGCGUGUACAACAUUAGAGACAAGGCAUUCACCCCUUUGUUGCCUGAGUCGAUGCCAUCGCUACCGUGGAAGAGCGAGCGGUUUUCGUCAUGGUUUUUCCCUGUCCAAGUUUAA